CUCGCCGACUGUAAGCACCCGCGCAGCAUGUCCGCCUAUCCGCCGGCGCUGCAGCCUGCCCAGCUGGCGCAGCUCAGCCACGAUGCGCGCGACUUUGCCCUCUCGCGCGGCCUCGCCUACCGCCCGCUGCCGGCCACUGGCGCCGCACCGCCGCAGAGCAGCGCCAUCCACGCGCCGCUCGCACUGCUGCCGACGCCGUGGCCGCGCGAGGCAUACGCUCAUGCGCAGCGCCUCAUGCCGCUCUACUCGGCCCUCUAUGCGCGCGUCGCGGCCGACGGCGACUGGCUCGAGGCGACGCUGCGCCUGGCCGUGCGCGGCGACUCCUUUGCCGAGGCGCUCUGGCGCGUCUGGCAGGAGCAUGGCCGGUCAAACGAGCAGCUACAGCUCGGCCUCUUCCGAUCAGACUAUCUGCUGCACGCGCCAGCCGGCUCGUCGAGCGCGCCGCGGCUCAGGCAGGUCGAGUUCAACACCAUCUCUUCGUCCUUUGGCGCUCUGUCAGGGCACGUCUCUGCGCUGCACGCUCACUUCCUGCGGGCGCAUCCGCAUCUCUUCCCCGCCGGCGCUGAGGUGGCGCCCAAUUCUCCCCUCGCAAGUCUGGCUGGCGGUCUGGCUGCUGCGCACGAAGCCUACGUCAAGGAGCGCGGCGCGGCGGAUGCAAGAGUGCUCUUCGUUGUGCAAGACGGCGAGCGCAAUGCCUUUGACCAGCGUGCGAUUGAGUGGGAGCUCUCGGAGCGCUACCACGUCCGCGUGCAUCGUGCGACGUUUGCCGCGCUCGGCGCUGCGGCCGCCGUCUCGUCCACAGGCGAGCUGGAGCUGCGCGACCCGCUCGACAAUUCGCCGUUUGCCGUCUCGGUCGUGUACUUCCGUGCAGGCUACGGGCCGGACGACUACAAGGGACAGAGCGACUGGGACACGCGCGCACUGCUGGAGCGCAGCGCCGCAAUCAAGUGCCCUAGCGUUGCGCUGCAGCUGGCGGGCGCCAAGCGCGUGCAGCAGGCAUUGGCCGCGCCUGGGGUGCUCGAACGCUUCCUGCUGGACCCGGCACGGGGCGCAGUGCUGCCUGCGACCGACGUCGACGCGCUUCGAGAGAGCUUCAUGGGCAUGUGGCCGCUCGACAACUCCGACGAGGGCCGGGAAGGGACGCGCCUGGCACAGGAGGAGGCGCAUCGUUUCGUGCUCAAGCCGAUGCGCGAGGGCGGCGGCAACAACGUCUAUCGCGGCGACAUUCCGCGCGCACUCGCCGAGAUGCGUGCCCGCGACGCGGCUGCCGGCCCCGGCGCCGACGAGAAGCAGACGUACAUCCUGAUGGAGCUCAUCGACGUGCCGCCGAGCAGCGGGGCAUACCUGCUGCGCGCGCCGCCGGGCGGCACGCGCGACAAUGCGCCCGAGGCAGCCGCCGUCCGCGCCGAGGACACGGUGUCGGAGCUCGGCACGUACGGCUUCGCGCUGUUCCGGGCGCAAGCCGGCCGCGCCGAGGAGCUGCGCAUGCACAGCGAGGGGCACCUGCUGCGGACAAAGGCGCGAGAGAGCGACGAGGGCGGUGUGGCUGUCGGCUUCAGUGUCCUCGACAGUCCUCUGCUGGUCUAGCGAAAUACAUGUCAUUGAUCCUC